AUGCCUAUCCCCAUCACACACCCUCCGCACACAGUCAGAGCAAGUCACUACCUGGGGCCCUCUUCAAACAUCGAUGCCACCCACAGGAUCAAAUGGCGUCUUCUCACCUGUCACAACGGGGCCUUCUACCUCCACGAGGUGACCCUCCUCUCGACUGAUCAGGGCCCCGAUAUCGUAAAGAAAAUUCUCCAGCAGUACCUACGCUCCGAGUCCUGGCUGGCGAAGGCCGUCCCAUUCUUGAUACCCACCGCCUACACGGCUGCACUGGCUCCAGUCCCUGGUGAAAGUCUUGCCCACCUCCCCUGCCUAGUCGACGUCGACACUCAACAAUACUCACAUGUUUUGACCACGGCGCUGCGACAGCCAAGCCACCUUCCAGCGACAGCUCUAUUCUUGACUUCCUAUGCGCGCUUCGCCAGUACAACGGAGCCUCACAACAACACCAUUUCCCGCGACGCCAUCUUGAUCAAGUUACAGCUUAGCAAGCUCUCGCUCGCGGCCUUCUUGGCUCUCACCCUUAUCGUAUCUGUCGUUGCCGGAGUCGUUGCCGGAGUCGCGUGCCAUAGUCUCGACUUGGCAUUCGGGGUUUUCGGUGUCCUCGUCAGUCUGGUUGGGAUAGGAGAGGGGUUUGCAGUGUGGAGGUUGAUGUGA